CGGGAGUUACGCUGUAGCGACUGCAUCGUGUGGAACCGGCAGCAGACGUGGCUGUGCGUGGUGCCUCUCUUCAUCGGCUUCAUCGGCCUUGGGCUCAGCCUCAUGCUGCUCAAAUGGAUCCUAGUGGGCUCUGUCAAGGAGUACGUGCCUACAGACCUGGUGGACUCCAAGGGUAUAGGCCAGGACCCCUUCUUCCUCUCGAAGCCCAGCUCCUUCCCCAAGGCCAUGGAGACCACCACCGCAAGCACUUUGGUCACAAUCCCCACCACCUCCGUCGCGGGCGCGGCUGCCUCCUCCAGGACGCCCAACCGUAUUAGUACGCGCCUGACCACCUUCACAAGAGCGCCUACUCGGUUCCCCGGGCACCGGGUGCCCAUCCGGGCCAGUCCACGCUCCACCACGUCUCGGAACACUGUGGCCUCCCCGACGGUCCUGUCCACGACGGCCCCCUUGGCCAGCAGCGGUGGACCGGGUUCCCGCUCCCCGGUGCCUGGAGACCCAAGUACCCAGGCAGUGCCCUCCUGGCCCACUGCGGCAUAUGCUACCUCCUCCUACCUUCAUGACUCUACUCCCUCCUGGACGCUGUCUCUGUUCCAGGAUGCUGCCUCUCCCUCCUUUUCCUCUUCCUCUCCUUCUUCCUCUGCCAUCACUACGCCAGAAACUAGCACCAGCCCCCUAUUUCAUAUGACGACCUAUUCCACGGAGCGCUCAGAACACUUCAAACCCUGCCGAGAUAAGGACCUUGCCUACUGCCUCAAUGAUGGCGAGUGCUUUGUAAUCGAGACCCUCACUGGAUCCCAUAAACACUGCCGGUGCAAAGAAGGUUACCAAGGAGUCCGUUGUGAUCAAUUUCUACCGAAAACAGAUUCUAUCUUAUCAGAUCCAACAGACCACUUGGGGAUUGAAUUCAUGGAGAGUGAAGAAGUUUAUCAAAGGCAAGUGCUGUCAAUUUCAUGUAUCAUCUUUGGAAUUGUCAUCGUGGGCAUGUUCUGUGCAGCAUUCUACUUUAAGAGCAAGAAACAAACUAAACAAAUUCAAGAGCAGCUGAAAGAAGCACAGAAUGGCAAAAGUUACAGUCUCAAAGCAACCAGCACAAUGGCAAAAGCAGAGACCUUGGCCAAAAGUCAUGUGCAGCUGCAAAAUUAUUCCAACGUGGAAAGGCAGCCUGUGACAGCAUUGGAGAAAAUCAUGGAGUCAAGUUUUACUGGCCCUCAGUCCAUCCCAGAAAUCCCUUCUCCUGAGAGAGGAAGCCAGUCUUUCAAACAUCACAGGGAUCUCUCCUCUUGCUGCAGCCCAGGGCAAAGGAGUGGGAUGCUCCAUAGAAAUGCCUUUCGAAGGACACCUCCCUCCCCUCGAAGUCGGUUGGGUGGUAUUGUGGGACCAGCAUAUCAGCAACUUGAAGAAUCAAGGAUUCCAGACCAGGAUAUAAUACCUUGUCAAGGGUGUACAUCCAGUGGUUUAAAAACUCAACUCAAUGCAUCAAUAAAUAUACAACUGCCUUCAAGAGAGACAACCCCCUAUUUUAAAAGCUUGGAUCAAAAGGACCUGAUGGGAUAUUCAUCCAUAAGGGCCAGUUCUGUGCCCAUCAUCCCGUCAAUGAAUCUAGAGGAAAACUGCAUGCAAAUGCCAGGGAUUUCUGAAGUCAAAAGCAUCAAGUGGUGCAAAAACUCCUAUUCUACUGAUCUUGUCAAUGUUAGUAUUCCGGUCAGUGAUUGUCUUAUAGCUGAACAACAAGAAGUGAAAACAUUGCUAGAAACUGUCCAGGAGCAGAUCCGAAUUAUGAGUGAUUCCAGGAGGUCAGAGGACUAUGAACUGACCAGCAUAGAAACUAAGAAUAGAGCAAGUGAGAACACAGCUUUUCUCCCCCUGAGUCCCACAGACAAAUCAGAUAGAGAGGCACAAUUUGUCUUAAGAAAUGAAAUACUAAGAGACUCGGCAUUGACCAAGUGA